UUGGGGCAAAGCGCUCCGACCUGUGGGGGGCUGAGCCGUGGUUGCGGUUGGUGUGAUCGGCACACAGAUAGGAGGAGUUUAAGCAAACCCGUUAACCAAUCCGCGAGACGGAGGUGGAGCUACGCUUUAUCCAGGUUAGGGUAGGACAUGAAGCAUCUUCAAGGCUCAAACUUACGAGGGCUUGUCGGGCGGGCUGUAGGGGAACACGAGGGGUGGUGGUAGACUGUUGGAAUAACUCGUAAGGACCAGUACGCUUGUCGUGACAGCAAAGCUCGUUGGCUGCAGUCGGUGUGGAGCGGUGACGAGAAGAAUUACCCUCAGUAUCCGUAAACUUUCCUUCUUAAAUGUCAGUGGUAACAUGUGGACAGAGAGUCAUCUCCCGUUUUCCUGAAAACAGUGUUCCAACCCUGAAUCAACAAGAACUGAUACAUAAACCAUAUCUCAAAUAUCUAUGUCCUAAACCAAAAACCGAUUUCAACUUACUACACUGAGUGAUACUACAAAAUAUUUUCAGUUUCCCCUCUCCCGGUAAAGCAAUUCCACCAGUCACCUCCCCUCCACUAGUGCCACCACCCCUCAAGCCAUUAUCACUUCCGGCAAACGCUAUUGGAUAAACUUCAAGUGAAAAGAAGCUGAUUUUAAAAGACGAAAUCCCACCUCUGCGUCAUCCCCUCUGCACUUCUACACCCCUCCCAUUAGCUACAAGAAUAAUAAUCAUCAACAGAGUCGUCAGGGUUCCAAGAGGAAGAGAGUAAGUGUGUGUGUGUGUGUGUGUGUGUGCACGCUCAGAAAUUUAUCGGCUUUGAUAAACCAGCGUAUGACAGGCACCGGGCCGGCGCCUUUUUCCAUCACCUGUGGCCGCGCGACAGUCUCGAGAGAAAGCUGAAGCGUGUGAUAUCUCCGUGUCGAUUUGAAUCGUGUGUCUUCAUUGGAACCGAGGAGCGAAACAGUGACAACGUUCUCGUGAUUGCUAACGGUAUGUUAGCGAAGAGAAACGCUGCUGAUGAUGAAUGGUAUUUAGAGAUACCAGUUUGUUGUCUCUUAACUAAACUUCGUUAAGUAACAAGAAGAUUUAAUAAAACUUUUGUAGGACAUUUACCAAAUGGCUGCAGGCAUAGACCUACACAACAUUAUGGACGCAGAUAAGCGCGCGAAAGCUUAACUGGACGCACAAAUGUAAAUUAUUAAUUGAUUAAAAUCUGUUUCUACCCGAAGGAAAUUUGUGGUUAAGUUUAGAAAAUUCCAGAGUACAGGACAUCCACAUGUGUAGUAAUUUAAUAAUGGAUGGUACGGAAGUGGUGCAAAGUACCAGCACCAAAUCAGCUGUGAGUCCUUGCAACACGACAAGUCCUCUGUCUUCCCCGUCGUGCACCGCGCACAACAGUGGGACCUCGCUGGAGGAUGGCGAAGACGACGGAGACAUCAGCGUGGGCUGUCCAUCUCCCGCGCCGUCGUGUCCUCAGCAGGUGGACACUUCUUCCAGCAGCUCGUCCUCGUGUUUCAGCAGCGCCCGCACAACGGUGGCCGAACAAGACACCCACAGCGAGGAGACCGUCGACGAAGACGAAUACUUCAAACCCCUGAAGAAGCUCAAGAUGAUGCAGAUCAACAAAGUGGCUGUCGCCUUGACGACAAACCAUAAACAGUCGAAGACGAAUGUGACGGUAGCUCCGUUACCGGCCUCGAGGCACAUAAACAGCAACCAAAGCACCGGCGUCAAGUCGUUCUCGAUACUGGACAUUCUGAAUCACAGGCCGCGGACUAACACGAACGAUCGAGCCGUUUGUGAGUCGAACAGCGCGAGAAUAGUGAGACCGUGGGACCUGAACACGAGCAACGGCGUGUCUUCGCCGUCACUGCAUCCCCGCCCUAAAUCCGCGGACCUGUGCUACGCUAGUGAAACUCUAAGUUCUACAUGCAGCAGUGGACGCUCCAGCACAGCUGGAAGUAUCGCCAGCGAUUGCUGCACCAGUCCGGAUAUCAUCAAUUGCACCAUCACCAGCAGCCCUACGACGUCAGCGGCGCAGGUGAGGCACCACGCCGCUGUUGUCAGUCAGCACCACAGGCACUUUUCGUCGGCGCAAAGAGCGGCGUCAUCGGGGAAGGGAUCCUCGGCGUCGGGUGGCGGGAAGACUCCAAACACGUCCCCGUUGGAUGCGCUAUUCCAGAUGACGAGCAAGACUUUCGAGGAGUUGAACGGAGAAGCCGUGUCGGAAGUCCAACCUCGACAUUUUCACCGCCGUGAGAACCUCAGAGCUCACUGGCUUCAUAGGCCUUUCUAACAUUCGUUCUACGGCUCUUUCCACUAUAAAACUGGCACACUGGCACCACACCAAUUACAGCCGAGAAGAAACAAAGAAGAAAAGAAUAGAAAACAGACCAUAUUUGGAUUUAGACUAAUUUGGUUAC